CUUCCUCUUGCCGCUCAUCCUUUCUUCUGCUCUUCAUCCCUCCAGGAUGCGAUGCUAAGAUGGCGCGCACGUUGCUGCCUCCGCUGCUCGUCCGCCUGGCGCUGCGCCUGCGACUUUGCGCCUACUGGUCGCUCGUCGGCACCUUUUGCGCGCUGUGCGGCGCCGCGGCGCUGCUGCGGCUCUGCUGGAGCGCCAUCGCGCGGCCGACGGCCACCUUCCGCUGGACGCCGCGUGAGGCGCCGCCGGCGUGUCUGCACGACACGUCCUUGGGCACGCACUGCUACGUACGCAUCAAGGACUCGGGCCUGAGGUUUCACUACGUGGCAGCGGGCGAGCGGGGGAAGCCCCUCAUGCUCUUCCUGCACGGAUUCCCCGAGUUCUGGUUCUCUUGGCGCUACCAGCUGCGUGAGUUCAAGAGCGAGUUCCGCGUGGUGGCGGUGGACAUGCGAGGCUACGGCGAGUCGGACCUGCCGCCGGCCGUGGACUGCUACAGACCCGAACUGCUGCUCACCGACGUCAAGGACAUCGUGGAGCACCUCGGGUACAACCGUUGCUUCCUGGUGGGUCACGACUGGGGCGGCACCAUCGCGUGGUUGUUCGCCAUCAACUAUCCGGAGAUGGUCGCCAAGCUCAUCGUCCUCAACUGUCCUCACCCGUCUGUCCACGCAGACUACGCCUUGCGUCAUCCCAGCCAGAUGUUGAAGUGCAGCCGCUUCUUCUUCUUCCAGCUGCCUCGCCUGCCCGAGCUCAUGCUCUCCAUCGACGACUUCAAGGCUCUGAAGGCCUUGUUCACCAGCCGGAGCACCGGAAUGGCCCGGAAAGGAAGAUGGCUGACGGCGGAGGAGCUGGAAGCGUACCUGUACGCGCUGUCGCAGCCUGGAGCUUUGACGGCCGCGCUCAACUACUUCAGAAAUGUUUUCAGCUCUCUGCCGCUGAGCCGCAACCAGGUGCGGUCUCCGGUGCUGCUGCUGUGGGGCGAGCGCGACGCCUUCGCGGAGCAAGAGAUGGCCGAGGCGUGCCGGGUGCACAUCCGCAACCACUUCCGCCUCAACGUCAUCUCAGGGGCCAGCCACUGGCUGCAGCAGGACCAGCCCGACAUCGUCAACACGCUCAUGUGGACCUUCCUCAAGGAGGGCGACGGCCGCAAGGCCCACAGGCACUGACGGACGGACGGACGGGCGGUGCCGUUGCCACCCAACAGAGCGAUGACACGAUCGUCAGUUUCAAAGCACACUUCGAGCAAGGACCCGGCUGAGAAGGACGCACGGUGAAGACUUUCAUUGCUUACUGUGCAUCUGGAAUACGUAAUUACAGCCUUAUUCCACAAUGGAAUACAUUUUUUGUCCUCAAAAUUCUACACACAACACUCCGUGUUAUAUAUAUAUUUUUUCCUCAUACCGUCAGAAUUUUAAACUGACCCAUGCCUAAUCACAACAUGCCCCAACCAACAUCGUGACAGUGUCGUAACACUUCCCGCAGAACGGCGUACUGUAUGUCCGUACUAUGCGACAAUUGCGUGGGAAUAUUUAACCAAAAAUUACUCCGCUAGCACAGUCCCUUGUAAAAUAUGUAAGUUUAUCCUCAAAUACAAUAAAAGCACAAAUGAAAUAGAAACAAUGACACAGAAAUGCUUCAUUAUUUGGAGCGUGGCUAAGAUGUCUCGCUAUGUUAUGGAACGCAAGACGAGACCAUGCGCACGGCUCCCACUAAUUACAGCCUCUAUAAUUAGCAUCCUGGUGAGUUGUAUUUUUAUUGGUUUCAAUGCCUUUAGUCAAAAUAUUUCUUUCUGUAAACCGGUCCGUGACGCAAUAAUUGUUGGGGAUUGCUGUACAUCGACGAAUCGACUUUUAUCACAUUAUAGUCUACUACAAAAAAAGACAAUUGUGGGUUGUUCAACCCUUAAUGUAUAGUGAAUCCAGGAAGUAUUCACAGCACUUCACUUUUUCCACAUUUUUAUUUUAUUUUUUUUUUAAAUAUAUUUGCAAAAUGUGUGGAAAAGUGGAAAAGAAUAAUUCCUUUUUGUUUUUUUGAAUAAGGCUGUUAACUUAAAAUGUAGAAAAAGUUAAGCUCUGUGCAUAAAUUGAAAAGAAAUAUGUAUUCACAACCCUUCACUUUUGGAGACGUUUAGAAUUGUGAAGGGGAAAAAAAUGAAUGAAAUCUAUUUUGUAAUAUGAUUGACACCCCACAAAAUGAGGACAAAGUAAAUCACAGUGAAACUUUCUGGAUGCACUGUAAAUUCACCAUACGUUUUCUUUUUUUUCUUCUUCCACUUCCUGUGUGAUUUUUUUUUUUUUUCGGGCAUACCUCCUGCUUUGUACCACCCCACGCGUUCCGAAGUUCACAGAGCUGCCAUUUUGAUUUUAUAAAUAAACGCACUUCCUGUCACUUCUUGCGGGCUUCUUCCAAAAAUGGUCUCUGUUAAAAAUAGCCUUUUGUUCUAAAUAAAAACUCCAGGAAUAGAACUAGAAGGGCUGAAAUAAAUGGAGUGACACAGGAAUAAACACACACACACACAAGGACACUUGACGUUAUCGCUCCACAAUGUUGUGCGUGUGCG